AUGGAUUCAUUGGAGAGCACCACCAUCACGUUUGAGUGGGUGCUGCGCGGCCUGAAGAACCUCUUCGAAUCCAGCAAAGGCGAAUGUAAAUCGAAAGUCAACAAGUCUGUUCGUUUUGGCGGCGGCCGUUGGCAGGUGCGUGCCAUGGACAUGCAUGCUACUCCUUAUCCUCAUAAAACACAUCUUCUUUGCAAGAUCCUCUUCUAUGCUAACUCGGGAACUGAAGGAGGAAAUUUUGUCAGCCUGUACUUGUCGUCUCAUUGGCUUGACGGGCCUAAAAGGUGGGUCCGAGAAGGCACGUACAAGUUCAACUUCGAGCUUCGCAGUCUGGGGAAGACGCAGCUUUUCAACAUCAAGGAGGCGCAUAACCAUUCAUUCUCAUCCAAGACAGCGAAUUGGGGGUGGGCCCAAUUCGCAAGACGGGAUCAUGUGUAUUAUCAUUCUACAACAGUCAAAGACCAAGAUGCCUUCCUCAUUAUAUGCACCAUCACGUCGUCUCCUCAAUUGCCUAUCCAACCCCCUUCUGUCCCAGCUCAGUUAGUUCCCAAGGACUUCCUGGAGCGUGUCGGCGCACUCCUGGAUGAUCCUUUGUAUUCUGAUGUUGAGUUUGUCUUGCCUCGAAGGGGCAAACCGCCGCGCCGAAUUUAUGCCAAUAAGAAGAUCUUGCAGAGAGCAGAAUACUUUCAUGCCAUGUUCAGCUCCGGCUUUGCUGAGGCAUCUACCGAUAACCUUCCCAUACUGGAGCAGUCCGAUAAUGAUGACGGAAGCUCAGACGAGACCUACACUAUCCGCCACUUUGACGACUCUGAUCACGAAGACGACAAUGACGACGACGACGAUCAUUAUUACGACGCGCCCUCGACUGGUCGUGGAAGCGAACUCACACAAAAUCUUGAUGUGCCGUCUGAAGCUGAAGCGGCUUCAAUGCGGUUGGUAGAGGAGCACUCCAUCGUCUCGGUGAGCAGGCCAGAAACUGGCGCAGGUUUCGUUCGCUUUGGCGAGCAAAACUCGUUAUCUGGACCAAAGAAGAUGCGUGUUGUCAUCAACGACUUCGCGUAUAGCACCUACAAAGCUGUAUUAUACUAUCUGUAUACGGAUGUCAUCGUCUUUGCUCCAUUGAGCUCAUCCUUUAUCUCGACGCCCAGCAAAAGGAAUGCCCCAUUCAUGCUGGCAUCACAGAACCCUUCCGAUGGUCAGCCAACGCUUGCCGAGGGCCACAAGUCCUCGCAGGUUGACUCGUUUGUUGCUAUGCCAAGAACGCGCAAAGACUGGAUUCAAAGAUGGCACCAAGCACAUCCCCAUCGACCGGCACCUUGCUCUGCUAAGGCGGUGUACAGGCUGGCUGACAAACUGGAUCUUUUGGAGCUUAAAGAGCGGGCAUAUCAGCAUAUCCAAAAGGCGCUCACGGUGGAUAAUAUCCCCUAUGAGGUGUUCUCCCCAUUCUCUGCCGCCUUUGGGGAAAUCCGGAAAGUGCAGGUCAGCUUUUUCCUGGAGCGGUGGGGAGAUAUACGGUCCUCGGAUGGCAUGCGCAAUGUUUGGCAGCAAAUUCGUGUUGGUCGUCAUCCAGGUUUCGAGGAGGUAUGGCCUCUGAUCGCGCAACAUCUGGAGUUCAAUCCUCGGUCCAAUACAUCUGGUGACGUUGAUGAGGCAGAGGCAUAG